AUGCCUACCAUGGCGUUUGGAUAUUUUUUCAAUGUCCUUGGCAUCGUCUUGCCACUCUCUCAAGUCCUUGGACCAUUGCGACUGAUCAGCAGAGUACCAAGUAUGCGAGACGUGGUUACAGUUCUCAUUGACACCGUGCCCAUGCUUGCAACUAUUCUCGUCAUCUACUUGUUUGUCAUCCACAUCUUUGCCGUUGCUGGAGUCCAGCUGUGGGCUGGCCAGCUGCGCAACCGCUGCUUCCUGGGAGAGGACAUUUCCACAAAAUACAACGUGUCCCUUAACCCAUACUUCAAGACCAAGUUUGAUGAAAAAGUUCCAUUUGUCUGUACGCCUGAUGACAAGAGCGGGAUGCAACACUGUCGUGAUAUACCCCCUUACCAAGAGAAUGGGGAAACCUGCUCAUUGGCUGCCCCCCACAAUGCUUCAGCUGCAAAUUGGUUAGUCCCUACAGUGGCUUCAGACACCUGUGAAAACUGGCACUCCUUCUACAAUGUCUGUCGUGCCAGUGACAACAACCCCCAACGAGGAGUGAUCAACUUCGACAACAUCUUCUAUGCCUGGAUAACCAUAUUCCAGGUUGUCACACUAGAAGGAUGGUCAGAGAUCAUGUUUUUUAUAAUGGAUGUUCAUAACUUCUGGAGUUUUUUAUUCUUCAUGCUCGUCACCAUUAUGGGCUCCUUCAUCAUAGUCAACGUUUGUGCAGUCGUAAUCGCCACCCAGUUCUUGGACAAAAUGAAUCUGAAGACAGAAGAGCCGAGUCCUGGCACUGUGAAUAAUGCACUGCUCUGUCGGUGGUUGGCCUGUUGGCUGCGGAGGUUCAUCAAAAGUAAAAAGGUGCAACCGAAAGCCGGCCAAAUAAGAACUCUGUCAUCGAUUUUGUCACCCUUCAAGAGGCACAUUGCGACAUUAGUUGAGAGCGCACGCUUCGACCAACUGAUCAUGUUUGCUGUUUUCCUCAGCAUUGUCACCAUUGCAGUUGAGCAUCAUAAUCAGCCUCCUGAGAUGACACAAGUGUUACACAUCUGUAACAUCGUUUUCACAUUUGUAUUUUUUGUGGAGAUGAUGUUGAAACUGGUAGCACACCGCUUUAAAUACUUUUUCGACCUGAACAACAUAUUUGACUUUGCCAUCGUUAUUGUCAGUGUGUGGGAGCUCAUUUCUAAAUCAGAUGGCAGGUUGUCGGUUCUGCGUGCGUUUCGUCUGCUGCGGUUUGUGAGGCUGCUUCACUUUCUCCCGUAUCUGAAGAGACAACUGCUCGUGCUGAAGAGGACCAUAGCUGAGGCAGGCCCACUCUGCCUGCUGUUGCUGUUUUUCACUUUCGUUUGCAGUAUACUGGGUAUGCAUCUGUUUGGCGGUAAAUUUGUAUUCAAGGACCCUCAAGGAGACAUAAUCAUUGAGCGAAAAAACUUUGACACCCUGCUCUGGUCCAUGGUCACUGUGUUCCAGAUUCUGACUCAUGAGGACUGGAACCUGGUGCUGUACAACGCCAUGACAGCUACCUCCCCGUAUACUUUUUUAUAUUUUUUUGCCAUCAUUUUGUUGGGAAAACAUGUUCUUCUCAACAUUCUUGUGGGCAUAGUGGUUCAGAGCUUCCAGGCUAAGGGCUCCUCAGAUUCCGAUCAAGACUCCUCUUUCUCUGGCGAUGAUGUCAGCCACUCUCCAACCAGCCUCACCUCAGAGAACGACCCCUCAAGGUCCAACCAAGACUUACCUCCCUUAACCUCUGAGGAAGACACUGCACCAGCAAAUACCCAAGAAGGCAAUAAACCUUUGAACUGUAUCCAGCAAAUGCAGCACUGGUGCAAAGAACAUGAGGAGUGGUCAUUCUACCUCUUUUCUCCACAGAACAGGUUCCGAAUCUUUUGCCAACAUGUGAUCUCUCACAAGAUGUUUGACAACAUGGUUCUUCUAUUCAUCCUCCUAAGCUGCAUCACCAUUGCUAUGGAGAGGCCUGGAAUACACAGUGAAAGCACGGAGCGAUGGAUCCUGCAUAUGUCGCGUUACGUGUUCUCCGGUGUCUUCUUGGUAGAGAUGCUCUUUAAGGUUCUAGCUCUCGGUGUGCUGUUUGGGAAGGACAGCUACUGCUGCUCUUCCUGGAACGUCGUGGAUGGUUUGCUGGUGGUUCUGUCGGUGGUUCACAUCAUCAUCUCUCUGGCCAGUACCGGCCAAAACAACAUGCUGGGCAUUCUCAAAGUUUUGCGCCUGCUACGAACACUUCGCCCACUGAGGGUGAUCAAGCGGGCCCCGAAAUUGAAGCUGGCUGUGGAUGCUUUGAUUACCUCGAUCAAACCCAUCGGUAACAUUGUUUUCAUCUGCUGCGCCUUCUUCUUUUUCUACGGCAUCCUCGGUGUACAGCUGUUCAAAGGGAAGUUCUAUCACUGCGUGGGUCAAGACACAAAGAACAUCACCAACAAGUCUGACUGUCUCUCAGCCAACUAUCUCUGGGAGCAAAAGCGGUUCAACUUUGACAGCCUGCCUCAGGCUCUGAUGUCCCUUUUUGUAAUGCACUCGAAGGACGGAUGGGUAAAUAUAAUGUAUGAUGGACUGGAUGCUGUGGGAGUAGAUAAACAGCCUGUGAGAAACCAUAACCAGUGGAUGCUUAUAUUUUUCAUCACGUUCAUGGUUAUGAGCUUCUUCCUCCUCGAUAUGUUUAUCGGUGUCAUGGUGGAAACAUUCCACCAGUGUCAGCAGGAUCAAAAAAAAGCAAAUGAAGAGGAAGCAUCACAAAACCUGAGCAGGAACACGCGUAGGAAGGUGCCUCAGCAGCCUCCAUAUUACACAAAGUUCUCUCCAAUGCGUCGAUCCAUCCACACUCUGUGUACCAGCGACUUCCUUGAUGUAUUCAUGGUCUUCGUAAUUUUAAUCAGUGUCUUCAUCAUGGCCUUUCAACAUUACAAACAACCUCUGUAUAUAGAAAGGCUCACAGAGUAUUCGUACUAUGCGUUCACCCUCAUCCUGAUCAUUGAAGUCUUAUUGAAGCUUUGGGUGUUUGGCCUACGGAGGUUCCUCAGAAACAGUUGGAAUGUGAUGGACGUGGUGAUUGUGUUGGUUUCCGUCGUCAGUAUUGUUUUCAUUGGGAUGGAAAUGGCCGAUACGAUUCCCAUUAAUCCCAGCAUCUUGAGAGUCUGUAGAGUGCUCAGGCUAGCACGAGUGCUGAAACACAAGAAAAUACGAGUCCUCCUGAAAACAAUUAUCAAGACGCUGUCACAGGUUGGGAGCAUUUGUCUUCUGUUCACAUUCUUUUUCUUUAUAUACGCUGCGCUUGGAGUGGAGCUCUUCGGCAAGCUAGAAUGUACCGAGGAUAAUCCGUGCCUUGGGUUACAUCGCCAUGUAAACUUUAACCAUUUUGGCAGAGCCCUCCUUACGCUUUACCAAGUGUGCACUGGAGACAACUGGAGCGGGAUAAUGAAGGACACUUUGAGGGAGUGUCGUCCCAACGACAUCGGCUGUGUGGCCUAUCUGUCCUGGGUCUCCCCCAUGUUCUUCUCCUCUUUCGUGGUCAUGGCCCAGUUUGUACUGGUUAACCUUGUGGUGGCAGCCAUAAUGCAGGCUCUGGAGGACAGCAGCGAGAACAACCCCACUAACUUCUGUCUCCCCCUGGAGGAGGAAGAGUCAUUGGACACUGAAGGCACGGUGUCUCCGGGGUAGAGAUCUGAUCCAGCUCGUCAACAGACAGCUGAUAAUCCGCGUAGAGCCAAACAGGCAAACAUGACUGAGCUGUUUCAAGCAGUAAUAUUUAAUGCAUAUUUCAUCCUAUAUUUUGACACCACAUGAUCUUUUUGACAGCUGUUGUUUUUAUUGGAAUAUUAUGAAUUGAUUGACAGCAGUGGAUCAAAGAUUUAAUAGUUUUUA